CCCAGCGUUCCCCGGGCGGUGCAGCGAUGGUGGUUUUCAGUGUUUAUGUGGUGAAUAAAGCUGGCGGCCUGGUUUACCAGUACGACAAUUACUCACCCCGCACCGAUGUGGAGAAGACCUUCAGUUACCCGCUCGACCUUGUGCUGAAGGUGUACGACGAGCGGGUUGUGGUGUCUUUCGGUCAGAGGGAUGGCAUCAAAGUUGGAUAUGCUGUGCUUUCAAUUAAUGGGAUUGAUGUAAAUGGAAGGUACAUGUCUGAUAACAGGGAUGUGCUGGAGUAUCUGAAUACCGCUUUCAAUUACCCUUUGGCAAUUCGCUUUGGGCGUCCUCGUCUGACAUCGAAUGAGAAAUUGAUGUUGGCCUCCAUGUUUCAUUCGCUGUUUGCAAUUGGAUCCCAGUUAUCACCAGAGCCUGGAAGUUCUGGGAUUGAAGUGCUAGAAACUGACACCUUCAAAUUGCACUGUUUUCAAACACUAACAGGGAUCAAGUUCAUUGUGUUGGCAGAUCCUCGACAAGCUGGAAUUGAUUCUCUCCUACGGAAGAUUUAUGAAAUUUAUUCAGACUUUGCUCUUAAAAAUCCAUUCUACUCUCUCGAGAUGCCGAUCAGGUGUGACCUUUUUGAACAGAAUUUGAAAGUGGCUUUGGAAAUCGCAGAAAAGGCUGGAACUUUUGGAGUGGGAUCUUGAUCUCAUCUCGAAGGCCGUUUAACUUGGUGUGUUUGGUGUAUUUGGUUGUUAUGUGUAUAUUUUGUUAAUAUUUCCAAAACCUUUGAUUAUAAAAUCUUAUGGACCAGAACCCUGAAUCCAAGACAAGUGUAAUAUGUUCAAAGAACUGCAAUAUGUAUAUAUGGGAAAUAAACAUACUGUUACCAACAAGUUUUAAUUGCAGUCCCCCCCCCCCUUAUGUUCUCUGUAUCUUCUGAAGGCAUUCUUUUCUUUGUGGGCGAGCAUUCCGUGGGCCCUGUAUCCCCUCUGACCCUUUCCCUAAAUGGCCAUCAUUUGUGACAGUCGAUUGGCAGGCUGGUCGACUGUGGACAGAGGGGAAUCACAGCCAAGCCGUAUGUUUUUUCAGAUGCAUCGCUUGCAUUUCAAAUGUCGUGUGCAACUUUCUGCUGCUGCAUAUAAAAAGCUCGUCAUUUUCAGCCAACACAUAAGCUUGUCCGACAGCAGAGAAUGCCUUCUAAUUACCCUUCAGUUGCCCUAUAGGCACAAGUUGUCUCAGACCUUACAGAAGACUUUCAUGACCAGGAUGGAACAGAUUAUGGAAAAUUCCCAUUCCAUAGCAGAAUAAUAAACUCUUACGUGGUAUAUAC